AUGAGGAACAAGUUUGGCGCUGUGAUCCUUGUUCCAAAGCAAGCGCGGCGCCAAAGUAUGAAGAUGGAAUCUACUGGAGGUCAGCAGAAGAAGCAGUUGGAGAGUUUGCUGAUUACCGUUGAGGAGCUUAGAAGUGAAAACAUCAUCCUGCACAAGAAGUUGGCCCAGGCUGAGGAGAGGGCUGACGACGCGGAGCAGUUUUCUCGCCGGAAUACUGUCGAGAUCCACGGCGUACCUUAUAAUAAGGGAGAAGAUGUACUGACAGUGGUGAAGAUGGUCGGCCGCGCACUUGACUACCCAGUGGAGGAUAUGAUGGUGGACGCGUGUCAUCGGCUGAGGGCCAGAGACAGCAGUGACAGACCACCAGGCAUUGUCGUCAAGAUGGUGCGACGGAUCGACGCGGAGGGACUUCUGCAUAAGCGGCGUGUGAAGCGUAAUCUGAACAGCCACGAUCUGGGGAUGACGGACAAGCCUGCCGUGGUCGUGUACGUCAACGAGAGCUUCAGCGCAGGGAGACGUCGACUGCUGAACACCGCGCGCCAAGCCAAGAGGGAAAAAGGGUAUACCUACCUGUGGAUCCGCGGCGGAAAGGUACUCAUGCGGAAAAGUCAAGGCGAUCCUGUGAAGGUGUUAAACUCAAUGGACAACAUCAGUGACCUGUAA